AUGGCUGUCCCAAUGUCGAUAUUUCAGAAUCUUCCACUUGAACUGCUGCAGACGAUAUUCGAGCACCUGCGACGGUCCCCGUCUUCAGUUUACAGUCUAUCCUUGACCUGUCGCAGGGUCCAUGUUGCCACAACGCCAUUACUCUACUCAUCGAUUUGUUUGACGGGUCCGGUCAGCUCUGGCCAGCUUGCCCGGACUCUACGACAAAGCUCAUGGCUGUGUCGUCUUACUGUGGAAUUGCAAGUACACUUCCACGAUGAGGAGAUGGGCCAAAGUUACGAGCCUCUCCUUACUGCUGUAUUUGAAAUGCGCAACCUGAAAAGCCUGAGCGUGCGCAGCGUGCCGCUCAGAGAUAUAUUCGAGUCAACGAACCACAGGUUGCUCGAUUUGCUCAGGAAGGGCGAAAACAACAUUGAGAUUAAGUCGCCGACUGAGCACGUCGGACAGAAGCUGCGGACCUUAUAUCUUGGAGCAGCAUACAAGGGGUUUGACCGAGGUGGAUGGUUGCUUGGUGCCAAUAAGAUUGUCUUUUCUAUGGUACAGCUUGAGAAGCUGCACAUCCAAGGAGCCAAAAUCGAACUCCUACACCCAGGGGCGCUUGCGACAAGCUCGUCUGUUAAGAAAACAGCUCUAAAAUAUCUCGCGUUUCUGAACCGUGAUUUUUCACCCGACACACUUGGCCAAAUUCUCGCCUUUCCCGAGGCCCUUACCCACCUUGCAAUAAAGGGCCGAUGGCCGGACCCGAACGGGUCGUCUAAUAGCUGGGCAUGUGAUAACUUUGUCGACCCAUGCGAAUACGUCGACAAGAUCAAAGAGAGCAGCUCGGCGGGGUUGGAAUACCUUGAUUUUGAUAUCUGGUAUUCGGAAAGCGACCCUGAUUUCGAGUGUUUGGAAGGCUUAAAGCACUUGAGCAUCCCUAUGGAUGCUUAUCAGUACUAUGAACGGGGGUUGGAUGGAGUUCAUGAAUUGGGUACGCGAGUGCCUAUCCAGUUUCUUCCCAUCAGUCUGGAGACGUUGGAACUAAGCGAAUUUGAUAGGACGGGUAUCAGCUUCCCAAGCAUACUCGAAAGGGUCAAGGUCGGCCAGACACCUAAUUUGCGUGCUGUCAUGUAUCGCAAGUUCUACGGCAUGGAUGAGGAAGAGAGUGGGGAGGACUGUGAAGGUGAAAUUGUAGCAUUUCGGGAACUGGGAGUGGAGCUAUCCAUUACCUCUUGUGCUGGCCCAUGUACCAUGCCCGAAUACGAUAAUUGGUCGUGUGAAUGUUGGAUGUUUUACCACACGGCGGGCUAG